AUGGACCAGCAAGUUUGGAACCCUAUAUUUUCACCAAGCGGGACAACACCAGGAAAGUCUCCUUCUUACUACAAUGAGUUGGCUCCUCAGUCACAGAGUCACAUAUCUAAUCAAGAUCCGCAACUCCCAUUACAGACUCAACACCACCGACUAUUUCAUAUAGAUGGUGGCUCCAAUCAUUCAACCCCGUCAGGUAAUAUUCAACUACCAUCGUCGUCUCAACAAAACACGCCACAUAUUGUUUCUAAUACUCCCACUGCUUUUGCAGACAGUGAUCAGGUGUUCUUACAACAUAUGGAAAUGUAUGACAACCAACAACACACUAACCAGUCUGCAGGCAAUACUCCGGGACCAAUAUCAUUCCAUAAUCAUAAUCCUAAUUUACAACAAGCAUCCCAACAGCCACAUCAGCACAUAUCCCCACAUUUAAACAACCAACAGCAACAUAGUCAACAGCCAUACCAACAUCAACAUUGUCAUUCACGCUCACAUAUAGACUCUGAAGCACCAUCUGCAAAUGACACCCCAACUUCUUCUGGUGCCUUGGGCAUGGCCCCACAACCACCACUCCUUUCAUCAACAACCAACCCUCAAUCUUUUGAUCUCGGGUUAGACACAAUAGGUUUUAUUAUUCCUGAAGAGUUGAAUUUUGAUACUGAUCCAAAUCACAUAUCCUCUGCAUUUCCGCCGCAAUUGCCUGCUGACCAGACUCCAAGUUUAUUAGCAGUUGAUAAAUUGAAACAGUUACAACAACAACAACAGCAACAACAGAGACAACAAGACCCUUUAAGUGAACUUUCAUCGCCAGUGCUACCUGGACAAAACGAUCAAUCAUAUAAUCCACAUCAUUACUAUCAUCGACAGAGUUCAAGCAAUAGUGUUUUUGUCGCCGGCAAAAAUACUGGUUCAUCCGUUUCAGCACCCUCACAGCACGUAAGACCCGAUGCUGUCUUUACCCCCUUAGUUUCGCCCGUCGUUGCCCCUUUAGAUACAAAUGGCAAGGCUGAUAAGGAAAAUGGUAAUAAUAGUGGUGGUCACAACAAUCUGCACAGUAGCUCAUUCUCCCCUCAACCUGCUGUACAGAUUUCUUUCGAACCAUUGACGUCGCCUGCAUUGAAUGCCGAGCCAUCUACAAUAAAAUCUAAAGGUGGGAAGAAAAAUCACAAGGAAACUGACGAUAGAAGAAGAUCAACUAGUUCAGCAUAUGCUCCUAGUAAAGAUGAGAACAAACAAUACAAACGUAGAACUCCUCAUGGAACGCCAAUUUUGCAAGGUCAUACAAGCAAUGCUACCACGGUCAAUGGUAGUGGUAAACCAUACAAGUCACCAAUUACAAAAAAUGGCAAGAAUUCUCAAAAGCAGGACUUUUCUUUUACAAAUCAGUUUGAAAAGUUACCGGAAUCUACGAUAACUGUGAAAAGUGAACCAAUGGAAACAUCAGUAGAACCACCACUAGCACCACAAGGACAACAACAAGAUGACAGUAAUCCAAUGUUACCUCCAAAUGGUAAACCGGUUGAAAUAACCGGAGCUCCAUUAAUGGGGUUCACUAUGGGUAAACUAGCUGAAGGUGGAGCCGGAACAGUUGCUGAUAAAAAGCUGGCCAAAAAAGCAGGUGCUAACAAUGGCAAACUAUCACGUAAACCAAGCUAUUCAAAAAACAGGAAUUCAGUAUCUUCAAGCUCCGAUGAAUCAUCUUCCACUUCUGCUUCAACAUCACCAAAAAUGCUAGCAAAUAAUGGUACCAACUCCAGUGGUAAAAGAUCUGAAAAGCCAGCAACAAAAAAGGCUUCCCAUAAGUUAGCAGAACAAGGGAGAAGAAAUAGAAUGAAUAAUGCAGUACAAGAAUUGGGAAGAUUGAUUCCCCAGAGUUAUCACGAUGAAGUAAGUAUUCCUUCAAAGGCAACAACAGUUGAAUUAGCCUCGAAAUAUAUCACUGCUUUAUUGAAAGAAGUUGAGGAGUUGAAAGGAAGGAAGUAA